AUGGGGAAAGUGUCGCUGUGUACCUCCUUCUCGCUGCUUGUUCUCUACUUUACAUCUCUGUCUGCCGCUGCUGUUGAGUCUACUGCCUUUCAGAAAUCUGCCAACGUGGGAACGUUACAGAACGCUAGGAAUCGUAUGCGAAGGGACUUGUCGUCUAGUCAAACUUCAACAGAGAAAAUUGAAUGUAACAGUUGUGGCUCGAAUCCAAUGCCCACGGUUGCUAGAAACUACACAGCCAGGUCGUGUGUCGAUCACAUGGAACACGGGGCGUCUCACUGUGGACAUUACGUCAUCGACGAUGGACAAGAAAGUUACGUUGUCUUCUGUGAUAUAAACACCGAGAUUGGAUUUGCUUACACGCUCAUCGAGUCGUUUACUCUCAAACACAACUCUUUCUUUAAAACGAAAGGUCUGAUUGUGAACUGGCCUAUCAAUGAGAAUUCACCCAACUGGAACAUGUACCGUCUCUCUCACGGCAGGAUGUCCCGUAUUAGAGAUCAUUCCACCUACUGGAGAGCCACGUGCAACUUUCCAUCAGUGGGCAUUGACUACCAUGACUACGUGAGAGCAAGAAUUACAGACGUAGAUCCAAUAAAAGAGACCUUGUCUGGGACUUGCAAAAAGGUAGAAUACAUCAAUUUGCGUGGUCACCUAGGAUUACAGACGACAGUUCCAUUUUGGAAUAAUAAUGUCUACUGGCACAUGACUACUGACAGCGGCUCAACAAAAUGUGCAUUUAAACCCAACAGAGGAGCAGUAAACGGCGAAGACAACUGGGGCUUUUACCAUAUUGUCAAUUCCAAGUUUCGCUGUACAGCAACAGCAAAUUCAACAACACAAUACUGGAUGGGAGACUACAUACGCGGAAACACGAAAAUCAAAUCAGCGCAGUGCAAAAAUUGUGAUAAGGUUUACUAG